GUUUGGGAAGCCAGCAGCACCGCGUGUGACUCGGAUACUCUGUGUGAUCCAGCCGUCCUGGUGUCCCCCUCCAACGCAGAGCCCCACAUACGCAACCGCCGCCUGUCUCCUGGUUCGGGCAACUGUGGGGGCGGCGGUGGGGGGGGCUGCAUCUCGGGAAGCACCCAGCCUCCCCGCCAGCUCUCCCCCGAGGGCGACCCCCCCAGCCCCGGCCACGCGCACGCCCUCAUCGUCCGCAGGGACAAGGAGCGCAGGGGCCAGCCGCACAAGGGCCGCAGCCUACGGCGGGAGGGCCAGAGGGCGGCGGGGCGUCCGCAGAAGGCCGUCCAGAAGGAGAAGUGGGUGGAGGACAGUCUGUCGCUGCUCAGGCCCCCGCCCGCCUUCCCCGUGCAGGACAGCCCCGCCAAGCUGCAGCCCGCCGUCAGCUACGCGUCCAAGGUGAAGGCGGGGCCGGCGGGCGGGGCGCUGGACGAGGACCGCCCGGCCAUCGGCAUGCUGCUGCAGAACCAGUGGGGGCUGAGCUUCAUCAGCGAGGCGCGGCCGGCCCCGGAGGGCUGCGGCCCCCGCCCCCCCGCAGAUGCGCUCCCCCCCACGGACCCCGCCCACCCGGCAGACCCCCAGCACCAGGCCGCCCUCACCGUCCAGCUGCCCGGCGACACGGCCGGCCCCGCCGCCCAGCUCACGCUCGCCGAGGCCCAGAAGGGAAACGGCGAGCUGCUGCUCAGCUGUCGCCACCUAGUGGAGGCGCUGAACUACCACAGUAGAGAGUGGAAUAUCGCCUGUAACAGACAGAAGAGAGAUCCAAGAAGAGUUCUCUGGUACAAGGACGCCCAGGAGCAGCCGGCCUAG